AUGAAAAGGCAAAGCUCUGGUCAGGAGCAUGAGAUUAUUGAAUUACAAGAAGAUAAUGUGGAGGAAAGUGAGGCUGAUCAUGACAAGCCUCUAACUACUCAAACAAGAAAGGAGAGAGAUCACUGGAAAUCAUGCGGGAAUGUAGUUUUCUGGAAGUGUAAACUAUGGAUGGUUAUAACUACAAUUUUUCUAGUAUGCUUCCUGGUCAUUCUCAUCAGCCUAAUUCUUUAUUCUAAUGUUUACACAGAUGAGGAUGACUAUUGGGAUCCUGAUGCACUACUAAAUAGUGGAAAUAGUCUCAAUUUUUCAGGAACACUGCAGUUAACAUGUGGUCUCCCACACCUUUUCUCUGAAGACAUUACUAACAGGUUAGCAGAUGUCUACAGUUCAUCUCCAGCUCUAGGACGCUACUUUAGGUCAGCUCAGGUGGUUUAUUUCAGUAAUGAAAGCUCCACUGUAUUUUAUCAGCUAGAGUUUUCUGUACCACCAUCAACAGAGGGAUUUAUGGAAAACACAAUGAACCCAGAUUUUAUAAAGAACGUUUUACGUCAAAAUAUUUAUGAUGAAGAUGAUGCUUUUAAUCCUGGGACAUCUGAAUGUAACAGGUUAAAGCUUGACCCAACUUCUCUCACGUUAACUGAUUCAUAG